AUGCAAUACUCGAACGUUAGGCUAGAGUUGGUAGUCGGUACUAAUUAUACGGUGUAGAAAUACCCACAGGCUCAUUAAGUUUAUUGUGCAUAUGCAUGCAUACAUGUACUAGUUUUGUCCUACUGUUGUGUUUCUGAGUGUAGAUAUGGAUCAGCCAAGAGCUGUUGAGCGAACAAGGUUGGAGAAACUUUUGCAGCACUACGACAUCAAAGAUUUUAUCAGAUUUCUAGCUAAAAAGAAGUUUCUAUCUGCUUUUGAACAUACACUUCUAUCUAGACUUACCAAGAAAGAAACCAUUAACCACCUAGCUAAGAGAGACCAACUUGAAGGGGGCCUCAUGGACAUUUUUCUUCAGUACACUAACUUUGUCUUCGAAGAUGUGAACUUGGUACUUUCUGAGAUUUUAAGAGACCAGAGAUUGUUCCCACCCAAACAAGAAUCUGAUUCUGAUUCCUUUUCAUCAUCAUCUUUCUCAGAAGAUUCUGACCCUGGCCAGUACAGCCAAGAAAGUCCAAAUGACAUAAGUGAAUGUUCAGCUAUUGUUGAUGAUCCUGGGUAUUGUACACAAAGCAAUUCACUGGGAUGUUCUCUGACAAAUGAUGUUCAGCUUCCUUCUCCGGAGUACCUCGAAGCAACCAGUAGACAAUUGCAACCAGCAACAAUGCAUCCUUCACGACCGAAGAAAAACAGACGCUCAGGGCAUGUGUACUUCACAACCAAUAAUUAUUUCAAUUCAGUGCCUAUGAACUCAAGCUUGCCGUUGACACAACACUGGAUUCCAAAUCAGGGUUAUAGUGCAGCGACAGACACAGACAGCCAAUUUUCACUACAGUCACCAGUUUAUGAGAAGAUUGAAAACUUCAAGCUAGUACUACAAAAAUGCAACCGUGAGCUUAUAGAAUGCUUAAACGUACGAUCACUGCUACCAUAUCUUAUUGAGCAAGAACUUUUGACUUCAGAUGAAUAUGAAACCCUUAAAAUGGGGACCCGAAAUGAGCAAAAUCAGUCACUAUUACAUAUACUACCCUCAAAAGGUGAACAUGCUUGCAAACGAUUCCUCAAAUGCUUAAACCAAGAAAAGGAGCACUUGGGCCAUAAACAGCUUGCAACACGUCUGAGUGGUAUGAUAUAAUCAUGCCAAAGGAUAUUCGAUUGAUGUGUAAGGGUACUGAUAACUUAAACAAUGCUGCUUGUAAGGACAGAUUUUCAUGAUUUGUUUUGUACCACACUAAUUAUAGCUUUGUAGAUUGUCACAAUUAAGUGUUUGUCCAAAUAACACUCAAACUUGUCAUUGUCAAAGUAAUGUUGAGGAGUUUUUGUGAACACUUCCAU